AUAAUCAUUUAUUAUAUAAUUUAAUUCAUCUGUAACAUAAGAUGAAACGACACAAAUAUUAGAAAAUGCUUAAGUAUUGAUUAAGAAUGGAGAUUAUUCAGUCUUUAUAUUCCAACAUAAUAGAUGAAAAUAAGGGUGAUGUGUUGAAAGAAUUACUACAUGCAUGCGUAGAUGAAAUAUGUGGACGUCCUGGACCGUCUUAUCACAAGUUCAUGAAUCGAAUGAAUUGGAGUAAAGAAGUAUACGAAGAUGUUUAUAAAUUAAUGAUAAUGCUUUUACGUAAUCCAGCAUGUUUAUAUUUGAUGGAAGAGAAGAUGCCUCCAGAGUAUCAUGACCUUCCUGAAUUAAUUCAAAAAGAUAUUUUAAGUUGUUUAAAAGUUCGACAAAAACAACUGACGCAUGCCUUAUUAAUGGAACACUCAAAGCGAAAAUUACAAACUUUAGUAGACUUUGAUUGGAGAUUAAAACUUGUCAUGGGUACGAGUAAAAUGGCAUCAUUACGAGAACCUCUACUUCAAUUAGACUUUAUUGUUGAAGAGAAGGGAACAAGACGUAUUAUUGAUGUCGAAAUGAACAAGGAUGAAUUAGAUACGAUGAUAACUACAAUGGAAACAAUAAUACAAUAAUGUAUUCUCUCGCUCGCGUUUUAUACAAUAAAAUUAUUACGUUUGAGACAAAAAAAAA